UGUCAGUCUGUCAAAUGGCAUGGCUUUGAGUAGAAACGUGUAUUUGUUUUACUGUCACGAUACGUAAAAACACACAAUUUCAAACGGAUCUGAGGCUAUUUUCUUGAUAAUUGACAAAAAUAUUUCUAGAAGUUGGGAAAAAUGGAGAUUGAAACGGGCGAAGGACAGGUUCAAAUUCGUCUUAUCACCAAACAACAACAAUAUGCGGUGCCCGAUAUUCCAUAUUCGAUCGGUGCUAGUGUGUCCCAAGAGGAGUUGAAUACAUUUGUAAAUGCGUUACUGCAGGAAAAUGUCGAUGAAAAAAGUUCCAAACCAAUCAUUUUCGAAUUCAUCGUAUUGAACGAGUUCUUACGAUACCGUUUGAAUGACCAUUUGAAAGAGCGAUCGGUGUCGUUUGAAGAUGUUAUUGAAAUUGAAUAUGUCGAACGAUUCCCAGUGCCAGAGCCACAAGAUUGUUUACUUCACGACGAUUGGGUAUCUGCUGUACAAACACAUGGCAAAUGGAUAUUGACUGGAUGUUAUGACAAUACAGUGAAUAUUUGGCUGGUGAAUGGCAAGCAUUUAUUGACAAUACCGGGUCAUUCCGCCCCAAUCAAAGCCGUUUCAUGGAUUUCGAUACACGAUAAGGUGGCCACAUUUGCAUCGGCCUCACAAGAUCAAACAGUCAUGAUUUGGGAAUGGAAUAUCGAAACGAAUGCCGUCGAUUGUAUUUAUGUGUGCAAAGGACACGAGCGUGGUGUUGAUUCAUUGGCAACAAGUCAAUCGUGCAAACUACUCGCAUCUGGCAGUUGGGACACAAUGCUAAAGAUAUGGUCAUGUGAACAGCAUGACGAUGAUGGCGAAGUAUCAAGUAAACGGCUUAAGGGUGAACAAACUCGUACACCAAUCAAAACGUUAUCCGGUCAUCGUGAAGCUAUCUCUGGCAUUCAAUGGUUGAACGAAGAAACCAUUUUGACCGGAUCAUGGGAUCAUACGUUGCGUGUAUGGGACUUGGAGCAAGGCGGCAUCAAAUCCGAAAUCAACGGCAAUAAACCAAUUUUCGAUGUUAGUCACUCCAAACUAAACGGAUUGGUCGUUACCAGUUCGGCAGAUAAAAAUGUUCGCUUGUACGAUUUGAGAAGUAAUUCUGGAACCAUCGUCAAGAAUACAUAUGCGGGGCAUACGCAAUGGGUUCAAUCGGUUUGUUGGUCAACAACUGAAGAGAAUUUAUUUAUUUCCGGUUCGUAUGAUAACUACGUGAAAUUGUGGGACAUGAGAAGUCCAAAAGCACCAUUAUACGAUUUACUUGGGCACGAAGAUAAAGUACACGAUUGCGACUGGUCAAAUCCAAAGUACAUGAUUUCAGGAGGUGCUGACAACACGGUUCGCAUUUUUAAAUCAAAGAAAUCCAUUUAAUUUUAAAUUAUUUUAUUGAGUAUCUGAAUAAAAAUCCACGAAAAUCCGUUUAACAAUUUGAA